AUGGGAUCGUUGAAUACGCUCUUCCCCGGACUGCCUCCUCGGUUCGAACCGCACAUUACGAUCUCAACCAAUGUAGCUGUAGAUCUAGAAGACGCUGACCAGACGCGAAAAGACGUAGACAAGAUUCUUUCCGCGUCAGCUGUUGCUCUCAACUCGUUGCCGAAGAACCAUCUGAAUUUGGUUACUUUAGGCAAAAUCGACAGCCAGAGGAAAUUUUUCAAAAAGCUCUACUUUGAGGUGUCUCAUGAUCCUAAUUUGAUGUCACUUGCUCGGAUUUUACGAGAGUUAUUCGUGAUAUUGCCGGCUGAUAUCGAGGCCGAGAACAAGAAGCAAAACCCUCAGUUGUAUACUAGCGAUGGCAAUGGAGGAACCGUGCGGAGGAAAAAGCUGAAAAAUUCUAGUUCUGAUUCUGAGGUACCUCCGAAAGAGUUUGACACAACGGCUAUCCAACAAGAAGCAGCACGCAAGGCAGCUCACUGGUCUGCCGUAGAAUAUGAUCCACAUCUCUCACUCGUGUACAGCGAUAUCUAUCCUAUAGACAAAGCGUUGUGGAGAACCAUCAAAACCCGAGUUCAGGACUACUUGAAUAUCGACAAUUGUGACAGCGACGAAUUGGUAGACAACGGCCUCGGUUGGGAUGGAGGCGUAUUCAAGCUUGUUCUCUGUGAGGGCGAUGUCAGAGACUGGAUUGUCUUGGGAAGUGUGGAUGUACAUCUGAAUUAA